UCGAAUUCUAGAAUAAUAAAUACUGGAAAUUUCUUUUAAAAUGAAAAAAAAAAAGUAAUAGUAUAACUAUACAAGGAAGGAGAAGAACAGAAGGCGCGUAAAAGGCGCGAGGAAUUGAAACAUCCGCCUAACUCAGCGUGCUUGCAAUUUGCCAGCUUGAUUUUAUUUAUUUAAUUUUAUUUUUGGGAGAGGGGGAGGAAGAGAAAGAAACAGAAAACAAAAUCUGAGAAGGCAACAAACAAGGUUGUCUCUUUUCUCUUCUUUUCUUUCUUUCCUUUUCUUAAAAAACAAAGAGAUAAUAAAGAAGGAAAGGGAGAGAGAGAAUGAUAGCUUGGUACAAUCCGUCUUGGUUGUUGUAAUGUUGGCAGAGAGAGGAGAGAGGGCAGCAGCUGCAGCUGGUGUUUGCUUUUGAUUCAGAAACCUCUCUCCGUCUCUCCUCACUGCUCGUAGAUUGGCAAGCGAAUUGAGUCACAUGCACAUCAUCAGUCUUAAUUAUUUGAAUUUCUGGAAGAUGAACGAGCUUUGGUUUGGUUUGGGUGUAUGAUAUUAGGAAUUAAUUACUAGAUACUUGGGCUUUUUAUUCAUUCUGCUUCUUUUUCUCCUUUGUUAUCAUCAAUUGUCAUCAUCGACUCAAUCAGCAAUGGUCCGGAGUAGCGAUCCUAAACCCAAGAGGCUUUAUCAAGUUUGGAAGGGGAACAAUAGAUUCUUUUGUGGUGGGAGAUUGAUCUUUGGUCCGGACAUUGCAUCGUUGUUUCUAUCCACACUUCUUGUUGCUGGCCCUGCCGUUGCUUUCUGUAUAAGAAUGUAUAUGAAGAUCAAAGAUGAAAAUACCAAACAUUUUGGUCGCAGUUAUUCCAUAUUAAUUCUGGGUGCCGUACUCUCAGCAUUGGAUUUGCUGUUUCUUUUCUGUACCUCUGGUAGAGAUCCUGGAAUUGUACCUAGAAAUUCAAAACCUCUUGAAUCAGAUGAAGCAUUUGAUGAGACUACCCCAUCUAUGGAGUGGGUCAGUGGUAGAACUCCUCAUUUUAAACUUCCUCGAACAAAAGAUGUAAUAGUUAAUGGCCACUCUGUGAAAGUAAAGUACUGUAACACCUGUUUUCUCUAUCGUCCUCCCCGAACAUCUCAUUGUUCCAGAUGCAACAACUGUGUUCAGAGGUUUGAUCAUCACUGCCCAUGGGUUGGUCAAUGCAUUGGAAUACGUAACUAUCGGUUCUUCUUUAUGUUUAUAUCAACCUCAACCAUCUUGUGCAUAUAUGUCUUUGUCUUUUCUUGGAUCAUUGUCCAUGAAAAGGAAAUUGACAAUCAUAGCAAUAUUUGGAAGGCUAUGUCACAUGAUAUCCUAUCCAUUUUUCUCAUAGUCUACUGCUUCAUAGCUGUAUGGUUUGUUGGUGGCCUUACAAUUUUCCAUUUCUAUCUGAUUUGCACCAACCAAACUACGUAUGAGAACUUUCGGUAUCGAUAUGAUAAGGAGAAUCCACAUAACAAGGGAACAGCAGGAAAUCUUGGUGAAAUAUUUUUCUCGAAGAUUCCACCUUCAUUGAAUAAUUUUCGUUCAUUUGUGGAGGAAAGUGCGCAUAUGGUUAUGGGAUCAGUGACUCCAAACUUUAUGGAACGUCAUAUUAGCUCAAAGGAGAAAAUUGACAUUGAAAUGGGGAGUGGGCUUGCUGAAGAUACUGGUUAUACACUUCCUGAAAUUUUGAGAAAUUUGGAUUAUGAUGAUUUGGAGGAUGAAUUGAAGAUAAAGCAGGAAGGGAAUGGAAUAGUAAGAACCGAGCAAAGUUCAGCUUCUGAAAGUGAAGUUCGAGAAUUGAUGCAAAGCUACACAGCAGGAAAUGAAACUGAUACAAUGGAGAAAAUUGAAGACUGUUGCAAUUCACAUCCAACCACAGUGUCGUCUCUUCGAGUGUAAAAUUGUUGAAAACUAGAGGUGGAAUACAAGCUCAAAAAAGUUGUUAAGAGGGUGGAAAAAGCGGCAAUGCAUCUGUUGAUUUUGAAGUUUAAUCAAAACAAAUGGUGUCUAUGACUGUGAGGGUGAAAAAGGUUUCUAGUUUGUGUUUGUUUGAUUAUAUUAUGCUUGAGAAUAGAGUUUUUAUGGUUCAUGUGUUAGAUUCAAAGAAUUGUAGCCAA